AUAGGCUGAUGCGCGCACACACACAAUGGAACGCAGCAGCUUGUAAUAUAUCUAUCCAACCUCUCGUACACGCACCUACUGAUAUACGCCUCGUUCGAGAGCCCGAAGCUAGCUAUAGCUUCGCCCGAAUCGAACAUGGGAGAACACCACCUCCCGCCGGAGCCAGCCGACCACCACAAAGGCGGGAAGGCCAUCCACGCCGAUGACCUGAAGCCCGCCCGCGGCCGCCGCUACAGCUACUACGGCAGCACGGGCUCCCGCGGGGCCCUGAGCACCAUCUGCUCCGUCCUUCUGCUUCUAAUCCUCCUCGCCGGCGUCAUCGCGCUCGUGCUCUACCUCGUGUACCGCCCCAACAGCCCGGCCUUCACCGUCACCAACAUCGCCGUCUACUCGCUCUCCAACGUCACCGGCCCCUCCGCGGGCCUGCCGGCCGCGGGUGCCCGGGCGCCGAACGCCGUGGCGGCGUCGUUCCAGUGCGCCCUCGUCAUCCGCAACCCCAGCGGGCGGUCGUCCGCGCGGUACGACCGGCUGACGGCGUACGUGGUGUACCGCGGGGAGGCCAUCACGGCGCCGGCGGAGAUGCCGCCGCUGGUGCAGGACCCGGACAGCGCGGUGGUGGUGGCGCCCGUGAUCGGGGGCGGCGGGGCGGCCCCUGUGCCCGUGUCGCCGGAGACCGCGGCGGCCCUGGCCAACGACGUGUCCUACGGCGUGGUGUCGCUGCGGGUGGUGCUGCUCGGCCGCGUGCGGUUCGUGUCCGGGCCGUUCCGGACCGGGUGGCGCUCCAUGUACGCGCGCUGCGACCUGCUCGUCGGCGUCCGGAAGGCCCCGGGCAGCGUCGGCGCCGCCGGUGUCCCCGAGGCGCCGCUGUUCGGUAACCCCUCCUGCAACGUCGAUGUGUGAUAUUACCGGCAGCCCCGCCCGCGCCAUAAUUACAUUGCAUUGGACAAACACCAUGGCCGUGCGUCCGCGUGCUCCCUUCACCCGUCGUGGUUUGUAUGCCAAAAAAUGUACUCCAAUAACAUGCAAUGUAUUUACUUCGUAAAGAUCUCAAUUCGCCUAGUACUAUCAA